GCGGGGCUUGCUGGGAUCAUGGCGGAGAAUCACUGCGAGCUGCUGCCGCCGGCCCCGAGCGGCCUCGGGGCGGGGCUGGGGGCCGGCCUGUGCCGCCGCUGCAGCGCGGGGCUCGGCGCCCCGGCCCAGCACCCCGGCGGCGUGUCCAAGUGGGUCCGGCUCAACGUCGGCGGCACCUACUUCCUCACCACCCGGCAGACGCUGUGCCGGGACCCGAAAUCCUUCCUGUACCGUCUGUGCCAGGCCGACCCCGACCUGGACUCGGACAAGGAUGAAACUGGUGCCUAUUUAAUCGACAGAGACCCCACCUACUUUGGGCCCGUGCUGAACUACCUGAGACACGGGAAGCUGGUCAUUAACAAAGACCUCGCAGAGGAAGGAGUGCUGGAGGAAGCGGAAUUUUACAAUAUCACCUCACUAAUAAAACUUGUAAAGGACAAAAUUAGAGAACGAGACAGCAAAACGUCGCAGGUGCCGGUGAAGCACGUGUACCGGGUGCUGCAGUGUCAGGAAGAGGAGCUCACUCAGAUGGUGUCCACCAUGUCUGACGGCUGGAAGUUCGAGCAGCUGGUCAGCAUCGGCUCUUCCUACAACUACGGGAGCGAAGACCAGGCCGAGUUCCUGUGCGUGGUCUCUAAGGAGCUGCACAACUCCCCGUACGGCACCACCAGCGAGCCCAGCGAGAAAGCCAAGAUUUUGCAAGAACGGGGUUCAAGGAUGUGAGAACACAGUGUUGACAGCUGAAGAAACAUUUUAUCUUGUCCCAAGUUGCGACGAUCUGCCAUGUGGAGGAAGCUUGGCCGUGAGAAGAAACCUGCGUUUGACAAUUUCUCUGUAGAGAUUUGGGUGUGGAUCCUUUUUUGCCUCUGAGGUGGGCGGUGAGAGACGGGACCAGCUGUCUGAAGCCAGGCGUCCCCACUUGGAGGAGGCGUGCUGGCCAGGUGGGUGUCCCCACAGGGCCCUCCGUGAGGCAUUCCCUGGGCUGCAUGGGCCUGAGGCAGGAUACUUCCAGCCAACCCCUGUAAUCACCGAAGGUCAUUUAAAGGACAGCGCUCUUGGUGCUAACAUAAACAGUCUGUGACGGAGCCUGGGCCUUACUGGUAGGAAGUGGCCGCAGAGCUGUGGCCCCAGGCUCUGGGUGCCUGCUGGUCACCCACACGUGCACCAGGCCCUGGUCCUCGGGUCAGGGAGUCCGCUCAGCCUCCCCAGCGGGAGUGGUUGGCGGUUUGCACCCCUGGCGGGUGGCUCCUGAGAGAGACGGCCUCCACAUGUUCACUACUUCCCAGGCCUUGGCCCCGAGGCCCAGCCUCCAUCCGAGCCAGACUCCCCAGCCUGACCCCGCCUGGAACAGUCGAGGCUUCUCCACUUGUAUUUUCCAGGCCAGAGAACUUUGCAUCCCUUCUUCCCCAGUGUGGACGGACUACCCUGCGUUUUUACU